AUGUCUCGUAGACAAGAUCGACAACAAGAGAAAGAAUUAUUUCGACCACUUGUAUUAUUAUUACAUCGUCAAAAUCCUAGUUGGACUGCACCUGAUGUUGCCGAUUUCUUCGAACAAUCAGGUAAUCCACCAAAUUUAAAUCGACGUGCUGUAGUAAACAAAAUUCAUCAUAUAGUAGCAAGAGGAAUAGUCUGUGAAAGAAAUAAAUCUGGUAGACCACGAACAACUACCACUACAUCUUAUAGAAAUUUGUUGGAUAGUGAUGAAAUAGUAUAG